CUGAGGAAAGAAGGUUGUGUGUGUCUUUCCCAGUUUCAUCCACUAAAUCUGAAACCGACCCGCGAAGUUUUGAAAUUCGUUCAAGGAAAUAGAAAAUUUUAAGAUUUAAAUGAGUUGUGAACCUAGCAUCGUCAAAUGAUGAGCUGUAGUUAGAGAGUUUCUAUGCGCUGUUGCUGAAAAGUUUAUUAGCAAGUUAAUUAACAUGCGCUGGUUAUUAUAAAUGGAACAGAUUGUGUAAACUAAAUGCUGAAAAAUCGAACCAUUUCUGUGAAAAUUUCUAUCUUUUUAAAACUAUACAUAUUACGUAUCUUAGAAAAUUUCUAAAGGUAUUGGUGUGUUGGACUUUUAAUGAACUGAACACGUGAAUAGCUUGUUAACCUUGUUUUCAAAUAUUUAUACUAUUUCCGGAUUGAAAACUUCCAGUGCAAAAUAAAUACUUGGUUUUCGACUUGAACCUGUUUGAAAAACAAUUUUGAAGUGAAAGUUUUGACAUCUUCGUGACUUUCGGUUUAAGGUGAUAAGUUCAAACCAUCAAUCAUUUAGCUCCACUAGAAUAUUAUUUGACAAUAAACUGGAUAGAAGAACGUACGGAAGAAUGGACUCUUUCACUAUGCGGCUUUUCAAUGCUUCGUGCUACUGAGAUCGCAUGACCGAUUGCGCUCCUCUGCUAGCCAAGAUGCUACAUCUGCUGCUCCGUCGUGCAUCUGUUAGGGCAGCAGUUCUGUUGCUAAUGCUUCUCGUGGCAAGAGAGACUCGGGGUGACGAGCUACGUCUCGUGGAAGUGAUGACGACAGUCAAUUCUCGCCAUCUGACCACCACCGUCACCGCCACCCUCGUCAACCCUGGCGAGGCAGAACAGGAGCUUGUCUGCCGGCUGGACCUGCCUUCCCGAGCCUACGUCACAAAUCUUGUUAUCGAUGUCGGCGGCAGGAAUCACACGAGUUCCGUGCAGAAGCGCGGGCGUCGCAGCAAGCGCAUCGGGAGCACGCAGCCCGAGGCUUCACUCGCCAAUUAUUUUUCCAUCCGUAAACGUGAGGGUGGACUGCAACGGUUUCGUGCAACUGCUACCGUGGCUGGCAAGUCUGAGGUGAAGUUCUACCUCACAUACGAGGAAGUUCUGAAGAGGAACAAAGGUGCCUACAACCCAACCUUUUUCUUCCCACCGUCCCAGCGAGUCGUCGAAGUUUCGCUGAGUCUCAUGGUUAAGGAGGUCGAGCCUCUGGCAUUCGCCAAACUCCUUUCCGUGCCGAGCAACGCCUCCUCCAGCCAGGCCCUCGAUUCUGCGGCAGCUGUGGUGGCCCACAUCCCGGGCUCGAACUUCGCGCUCGUGUCCUACUCGAGCGCCAGUGACGCGCUCUUCACACGCGCCUCCCGCGACCUGCCACCCUUCCACUUCUCCUACGACGUGGAGCGCAAGCCCGAUGGUGGAGAACUCCAGGUGUCAGGAACAAAUUUCGUGCUUUUCUUCGCCCCCGAAGGCCUACCCGGCCUCACGAAGCACACAGUCUUCGUGCUCGACAUCUCAGGCUCCAUGGAUGACAACAAUAAACUGGAUCACCUCAAGGAAGCCAUGAAGGCCAUACUCAAUGACUUCAAAACUCAGGACUCCUUCCAGCUGGUGUUCCUCACCGACGGCAAGCCGACGGUGAGCGAGAAGAACUCGGACGUCAUCCGCCGCAACGUCAGGGAGGCCAACGUUAACCAUUUCCCUAUAUUUGCACUUGCCUUUGGGCCCGACGCUGAACUGAAGUUCCUGCGCCAGAUUUGCGCCGACAACACCGGCACUGCGCGGCGCAUCACCGACCGCAGCACCGCCGCAGAACAGAUCAAGGAUUUCUUCGACGAGGUGUCGCGGCCGCUGCUUUCUGACGUCGCCAUACGCUUCCCAGAGGGACAACUCAACCAAUCGUCGCUUGUCAAGCUGGGGCAGGACACCUACUACGCUGGUGACGAGAUCGUCUUCGCGGGCCAGCUCGCUUCUGAGGAGGACAUUUUGGACCCGUCCAUAGAGGGGGCGGGGGCCGACGGUCCCGUGACUUUGAAAGUCUCCCGCCGCCACUCCUCCCCCCCGACUCCCCCCAACCCCGACCUGCAGCGCGUGUGGGCCUACCUUGCAGUGCAGGAUCUCCUGGACUCGCAGGAUGUUGUGGAGGACCCAAACCUGCGCAGCGAAAUGCGCGCCAGAGCUCUGCACAUCGCCCUCAUGAAUGGCUUCGUGACGAAGUUCACGGGGCUUGCCAUGCACCCUUCGUCGUCUCCUGACAACGACGACGACAGCGACGAUGCAGUCAACGACGAACCAUCCUCGGAGACAACCACCGCGAGGUCUCCCCCACUGCCUCCCCGCCCCCUACCCCUGCAUCCCCACGACGGUGGGGAGUCUGGGGGCAGAGCUCUGCCCCACUCCGCCGGGGACGUGACGCUGCUCAGCAAAGAGGAUCUCGCUGCCUCGCUGCCGUCUGGCCUCAUAGCCUCUCUUGGCGCCACGCAGAAUCGGCGUUUCUCUUUUGUCGACAACGACCCCCACUUCGUAGUUCAGGUUCCAGGCCUCGUCUUCCCACUCUGCUUUGACGUCCAUGGCCAACAUGGCGAUAUCCUCAGCGUCAUUAACGACCCAAAGUCUGGUAUCCGAGUGAGCGGCGUGGUAACAGCGGUCGUGGGGUCGGAAGGCAAGACGUACUUCACGAAACUUUUCGUUGCUCUGGGCCAUGUCAACGUCACAGUGACGCCUGAUACCGUCACCGUGGACUGCCUCCGUAACGGCUCCAUCGCGACCGUAUCGGAGGUCUCAUCAGAUCCUGCUCCUACCGACCGGCGUCGACGUCACCAAAGGACCCGAAAUCGUGGCCGAGGAACUCGCCACGCAGGCAACCGGCGUCACCGUCGCCAGCACCGCAGACACAAAAGAAACCACAGAAGCCACCUAUCACUUCCAUCGGCCACUUAUUCCGCUAACCCUCACCCGCAGAUUCUCUUCGCCAAUGCAUAUCACAAUGAAAAAAUAUCAUCCCUCGUUGACCGUCCUCGACAUAUUUCUGAGCAUCGCCACCCACAGUUGCAAUUUGCCGCAGCACUUGACUCGCAUUUUUCAAAGACUGAUGAGCAAGGAGAUUUCGACGAAUUGGAAAUCCAUCCCCAUUUUACUAGGCAUCAGCACGAUCAAUUUUAUUCCCCAAAUCGCAGUCCACUCUUGCAUACGAACAACAAACAUGAACCCCUUUCCACGCCAGAACUUGAUCGACAUUCUCCGCUGACCGAUCGUUCUCCACCCAUUUCAGUACUCGAGCUUCAUCCUCAUUCCUCGGAUAGCAAUUCACAACCUCCGAAAGGCUCAACACGUUUAUCCGAAGGACGAAAGGCUCAACACGUUCAUCCUACAGCUGGUAACAAUGAACAUCCAGAAGCAGUUGUGCCUGAACACUUCCAUUAUUUCAGUCCGUCAAUGGUUUCUCGGGCUUGGAACUUCACUUCAGUGUUAGAAAAGCUAGGCGAGGAACCCGAGAACGACGAAGAGCUUUUUAAGCUUAGAAAUGAGAUUAACACUCGCUUUGAUGGCAAGCUGGGUUCUGAAAGCCAUAUUCCGAACAAAAAUCAGCGUAAAAAUUCACUUAAUGCGGCCAAGUUUUCAGUCGAAGAAGAUGAUCAAGCAGGAAGUAUUUAUUCUGACGGGGAAAUUCACUAUAAACGAACAGAUUCUCCUGUGAUGUCGCGGCACAUUUCGACUUCUAUCGACAACGAUAUUGAAGACGAGGACUCAAAAAUUCUGGAUUACUUAGUUGAAAAGUGUCAACAGGAGUUGACGUGGGACGAAAUAUCAGGAAGAAGGUUUGAUAACGUCGUAUUCAGGGUUCGGAACAACCGAAAGUUGAAUAUCAUGAUGGGAGACCUGGAGGUGCACUUUACCAUCACGCGCACCAAGAACAGACACGACCAACACUUCCUCGGCUUCUACGUUGAGGAGCAGAACGUCCUGUCGCCUCUCACCACCGGCAUCAUUGGUCAGUUUGCUUUUAAAACGGUAACAUUAAAGCAAUCAACGUCCCCAAGUCGGCGGUCCUCCCAGCUAAACAUGCAGCCUGGUCCGAAUGAGGCCUCCGUAGAGUUGUUGGUUCUCCACGUCGGGGAGGACGGUGGCGGAGGCGCGAGGAUAUCAGAAGUUCGUGCUAAUGUCGAGCAUCGGCGGUCUCUGCUGCACAAAGUUCAUGUACCGUGCCUGUACGUGGACAACGAAGGCAGAGGCCUGCUUACCCACCCUGCGUCUGAGUACACCGUACCGUGUCUGCAGUGCUGAAUGUAUAGAUAUAAAAGGAUUAAAGUAUCUCGGUUGAAUGAGGCGUAAAGUAUUAUUUGAGUUCUCAGUACGGGAGCAGGCCAAGCAGUUGUCUGCGCACCCGCCCUCCGCCUGCAUACACCGUACCCUGUCUGCAGUGCUGAAUAUUACCGCAUGAACAGGAAUUAAAUAUCUGGUUUUGAUAAUUGUGGAUAUUAAAAAAGAAAUGGAUUAUAGUAUAUCGUUAUCUGCUUUCCUUAUUUAUUUGAUGUGAUAUCCUAAUUUUCAAGAAAUCUGCUCAUUCAAUUAUUUAUAUUCUCAAGAAAUUUCAAACAGCGUCUGCCAUGUGGUCUAACGUGUUCCACAAAAAAGAUUAUCCCAUAGAAUUUAAAUGCAAAGUUGUGAAAAGUUAACUUCUUCACACAUUCUAAAAAUCAUCGAAAUGUUCACAUUGCGUGUUCUGAGAUUGAUCAACUGAUUGAUAUCAGUUUAUAUGUCACCGGUGGUCAGCCAUCCUCGCAAUGUCAUAACCCGACAAAUGUUUGAUUCACUAUGAAAAAAAUUCAUGCUCUUUCCCUUCCACUAAUAAUUUAUUGAAGAUUGGGGCAAAUGUAAUUAAACCUAACUAUUCAUCCGUUACUGAAUGAUAUUGCAUAAUAGCCAGUGUCAUGGUAACCUGAUUUUUUUUCUAAUAAUAAUAGUACUACAGCAAUUGUAACGGUAGUUUUUUGUCGGUAGUUCUCUGAAUUAUCGUGGACGUGUCCCGGAAAACUGUAACUAUAAAGACAUUCAUAUCCUUCUUAUUUACCAAACCGCGCUCAAUAAAUACAAUUAACCUUGAUUACAGUCUUUAACAUGUAACAGGACCAUUUGUAUUACCCACAGUAUUUGUCUUCAUAUCAGUAAAUGCCAUAUGAUUUACCGUCAUACAGGAGGUACAAGUAUAUCAUUCCCGGGGCAGUGUGAUGGUUAUGAUUUGAGUUUUCAUUGUCACCAAGAAAUGAUAACAUUUCAAAGAGUUCAUCAUUUGUUACGAAGGAGAGCAUCUAUUGUACGACUCUGUUAACCUGACACCAAUUGUAACAUUUUUUCUCUAUGUAAAUAGUGUUAAAGUAAAUGUUUGUUCUUUAAUGUUAAGCAUAUCUUUUAAUUUGAAUAGUUUACUGCAUACUUAAUUGUUCCCUGUUUUCUCAAUCCAAUAAAUGUUUUAAAUAUUACGACAAUGAUCAUAGACUAUACAAUAAUAAGUUAUACGUAUAUAGGUAAAUGAUUAGUAGAGAUACUGCGGAAUCAUGGCGAUGUCGGAAAACCAUCAAAACUCUCGACUAGUAGAGGGAGCAUAUCAAGAAAAUAAUACUCUACCUUUGUUUCCAUGCCAGUUUGGGUCUUGAUUAAUAGCGGAUCCGUACGCUUUUUUAUUUAGUCUGGUAGUAUUCCGACAGAUGUUGGUUGAUGUAGCAUAAAAUGUUUGUCUCCAACGUCUCGGAAUACUAAGCUUAGAAAAUCGCUUAAGGCAAUUUACGUAGUUUCCAAGUAUUUGACAUGCGAUGUAAAUAAGGAUAACAGAGCCAUUCACAAUUUUUAUUAAAUAAAAAACUUAGUUUCUUUU